GGAGACCGAGAGUCGGUAGAGGCCUAAAAAUUUAGAGUGCUAUUUUCGUGGAGUCCAAAGAACGAUGCCUGGGGCCAGUGACACCUUGUGGGAUAUUGCUAAAGCUGAAGUUGAGCAAAGAGAAAACCAGGAAGGUGACAGAGAUGGACUGGAAUGUUGGGAAAGAUCCAUAUUCUUUAUUGGAAAUAAAAAUGGGGGAAAAACUACUAUUACUAUUAUAUUGCUGUGUCUUGACAGGGAUGAAAUUCCAAAACCAACUUUAGCUUUGGAAUAUACUUUUGGAAGAAGAGCUAAAGGACAUAACACACCCAAGGACAUUGCUCAUUUUUGGGAACUAGGUGGUGGAACUUCGUUGUUGGACUUGAUUCCCAUCCCAAUAACUACUAGUAACAUCAGGACAUUAGCUAUAGUUCUUGUUUUGGAUCUUUCAGUACCAAAUGCACUCUGGCCAGCCAUGGAGAGUCUUUUACAAGUCACCAGGAAGCAUGUAGAAAAAAUAAUAACAAAACUUGGACAGACCAAUCCUAAAGCAGCUAAUGAAAUUAAACAGAAAAUAUGGAACAAUUUGCCAAAGGAUCACCCAGAUCGUGAACUGAUUGACCCUUUUCCAAUCCCACUGGUUAUAAUAGGAAGCAAAUAUGACCUAUUUUAUGAAUUUGACUCUGAAGUGAAAAAAAUAAUACAUAAGACUCUUCGAUUUGUUUCUCAUUAUUAUGGAGCCUCUUUAGUGUUUACCAGCAAAUCAGAAGCUCUGCUGCUGAAAACACGUGCACUUAUUAACCAUUUAGCAUUUGGCUUUGAUAGAAGCAAAUCCAUGUCAGUGGAUCAGAAUAAACCACUCUUUAUCCCAGCAGGACUGGACUCUUUUAGUCAAAUAGGACCUCCUCCUGCCUCCGAUAGUGAUAUUGGGAAGUUGCAUGCACAGACACCUAUGGAUCUAUGGAAGAAAGUAUUUGAAAAGAAAUUUCCACCUAAGAACAUUGGUGUUUUCAAAGAAGUCAGGGACCCAGCUCAGGAUCCACAAUAUGCUGAAUACGAAGUUGACGCAAUGCGAGCUCAGAAAAACCAGGAACUAGAACAGUACAAGAGGAAUGCUGCAAAAACAUGGAAAGAAAUGGAGUUUGAUUCUUGACUGGGAGAGAUA